CAAAAGACCACGCGACACUGCGGAGAAGGGUCUGCAGCUGGAACCAUCUCGAAAGUUCGACCAAUUAUAUCGGACUCCUGAGGACAUCCCUUAACAAAGGGCGUGACAAAGGAUUAUAAGAAUGUCGCCAAAGCAUGCGCAGGCAGUGUGUCGUUGUUCAGUAAGGAGUUGUAACUAUACUUGUCUACUGGACAAAAAUAAGAAACACACAACAAAUUUGGAGACGACGUACGAAACUACAGCAAAGAAAAAAGAAGACUGAAAGGAGCAGGGGACACCAAAGAAGGCGCUGUCUUCAUAAACGUUAUCACCAAGGCCAAACGAACCUUAAGUUGGAAACAAAACCCAAAGUUCAGAAAAUGGGAUUAUUGACUAUUGCCGCUUUUGCUGGGGGAGCAGCCGUAACUGCAGUCGGUGCUCCAGUGGUGCUGGGCGCUAUUGGUUUUACAUCAGCUGGUAUCGCUGCAGGUUCUAUAGCUGCAAAGAUGAUGUCUGCCGCAGCCAUCGCUAAUGGAGGAGGAGUGGCAGCAGGUAGUCUUGUUGCCGUUCUGCAGUCUGUGGGCACCGGAAUUGGACUAUCUGGAACCAUUUUAACUGGUGCUACUGGAGGUGCAGUUGCAUCUGCAGUUGCAUUAAUAUUUUAAAACCUUCUGACUCAUGAGCAAAUCACAAAUUAUAAUUUUUCAAAGAUCUUCUUUAUCAUGCAUCAGCAAUAUAUGAAACUCUUAAAUUUGCCAUGUAGAUCACAAGUUAAGUAAUUGAAAAAUUGGUAAGAAUACUGUACAGUAAUCCCUCCUCGAUCGCGGGUGUUGCGUUCCAGACCCCCCCCGCGAUAGGUGAAAAUCCGCGAAGUAGAAACCAUAUGUUUCUA